AUGCGAGGGAUGCUUGAAUUUCUCCGCCGUUGCACCACAGCGCUCUAACCGUUACAAAACUGCACGUUUGGGAGAAAAUAAACACUUGUCAUCGCUCCUCACCUGUGGAGUGUGGUUAUUUUCGUCGUUUAUCAAAGCUAUACAAUUCCCGAUUACAUGAAUGAAACGGUCGAUUUUUUCGAUCGACGAAGGUAGUCUGUUCGUCAGUGAAAGUGAACCUUGAAUCCUGUUUGCUGCACGAGUACUGUGUUUGCAGUGUUAUGAAGUAAAUUUGCUUAUUGUUCUCGAUAGUAAAUUAACAGAAAACUGCGUUCUUUGUCGAGAGAUCACGUUACUUCGUUUGUAGAGAUUCUAACAGAAUGGGUCGUGGGUACCUCUCGAUUCUGUUCAUCAUUUUAAUUACCUCCCAAAGUAGCUAUGGAUCUUUAUUCGAUUGGGUUUGGGGCAAAGAAACAGACGACACUACAGUCUUAGUAGCUGAUGGUGUCCCAUUGAUCUCAAUCCCAUAUGAAUCUAUGACAGAGGACGAGAAGUUUCUCCAGGAGGCAGCCAAGUUCACUGAAAUCCAGGUGUCAUCACCUUUGGAAACUUGCCAGCACAAAGUGAUAAUGAAGAUCAAAACUUCCUGCUCUGGGAUGACCGAGGAACAAUUGGCCAAACUCAGUGUUAAUCUACUGAACUGUCAGUCUGCAGUUGAGGGGAGGAAGAUGUUUCCUUGUACAGAUGAAAUGUCUUUAAAACAAUGCACCACGGAUAUGGAUCCAGAUAUGUGGAAUGCUUAUCAUUUGAUGAGUAACAGAGCCAGGGCAGUGUGUUAUGCAGCUCGUAGCACUCAAUUUCGUGCUCUUACAGAAUUAACAGUGAACAAGCUAAUGCAAACUGCUCACAAUCAGAUCACAACGUUAAGCUCCUUGAAGGAAAGUCAAGAUCGUUUAGAAGAGCAUACAGUAGAAGCAUUAUCGUCUCUGUCUAAAGGCAACGAGGCAUUGCUGGAGCAACAGAAAUACUUGAAAGACGCUCAAGCGUCGGCUUACAAUCUCGUGACGUCGAAUUUAAGGGAAUUGAAUAACGAAAAAGCGUUGAUACGUUCGGGACACACGCAACUUGCAGCAAUGACAGACGACAUAAGAAAGAAAUUAGAGGAGGCGAACAGAAAUUUAAAACAACAAGCCAUCGAGCACGGCGAGAAUCAUAAAGAAAUACUCGAGGACUUGGUGAACAUUCAGAUGCAAGCGGAAUUGAUCUGGGAAAAGAUCGAAUCGAGCACCGAACGAAUUUUCGCUCAGCACGAAGAGGCGCUCUCUCGUUACGAGCGAACAUUAGAAAAAUUGGCGCAGAUCAACGAUACGGUGCAAUACAUUUGGAACAUAACGAACAGCAUGCGUGCAGAGGUCGACGAGAAGCUUAACUGGUUGACAAAUUACAUCGGAGACACGGGGGAACAAAUGCAUAGAAUAUAUAGAAUAGGAUUGCAUGUAGUUUAUUUAUUAUGCUGCAUGGUGAUCGCUGCGUUCCUUCAUGCACCGUUGCUUACCAGGAUCACAAUUAUGGGACUUGUGCCAAUGAACCUGGUCUCUUAUUUGAAACACGGCAUGGACGCCUGCUUGGAUUUCCCAUCAAUCACUGUGUUGAUAAUACUAAUCACGAUGAUGCACUUUUUAAUGGUCGGCAUUCAACGUCUGUUCGGACCGAAACAACAAAUGCGAGCCGAACCGGUGCAAGUGAUCGAACGAAACGGCCACGCGAACGGACAUUACGUUUCGUCCUCUUAUUCAAAUCUCCAAUCCGAACAGACUCCCAAUUUAACAUUUUAUGCCAAACAGAAAAGAAAUGUUCGAGCACUUUACUAUUCCUUGAGUUACCAAAUAAAUCGAUGCAUUCGAAUAGUGCGAUCGCUAGUAGAGUCAGUUAUAUCAUGGAGCAAGCAGAGCUGGCCACAGCGCGAGGAGCUCUCUUGCUCUUACACUUCGUCGAGAAGGACUCGCGAGGAUCUUAUCCGCAACUAUGAAUCCGAGUUCCCAAGCAUAUCCGAGGACAUGACAGAUUUCGAGCAUUCGCAUUUAGUUAACGAGAGUAACGACGAUCUCGAUAAACUGAUCGAUGCCAACGAUCUGAGACGAAGAAUGCAGAGGCAAAUGAGAGGAGCGAGCACAUACUCCUCACAUCAACAAUCAUCAUCGAGGAGUGUUACUCCGUCGUUCACGACGAGGUGCGCGGCUAUAACGAAAAGCGGGAGGAAGUGUCGGAUGCAUACGACAAACGAUCGUUACUGCGCCAGGCACAUUGGUGGAUACUCUGUUACCGAGGACUGAGGAAUCUCUGAAUUGAAUGAAACGGAGCAUAAUAUUUAUCCGGAAUGUUAGACAAAUUUUAUAAUCAAUUGACUACCAAUACGAGUGCCUUUCAGUAACUGUACAUAAUUCUAGUGCGAUGUGCUCAAUGUUUACUCUAAGAUGAGAAGACAAUUAGCGACUUAAUGUUUAUGUAUUUUAUAUAUGUAUUUAAAUAUUUAAUAUCUUAUUUCGUAAGUUAGUUCUAUCGAUUAGUUGUAUUUUAUUUUUAUAAAUCCUCCCAUUGUCAUGCUAGAAGUAAUGAAAGAAUCUGACUUUAUAUUCUUUGGUUUUAUUGGAAAAUAUCCACGUGUACUGAAUUAAAAUAUUUCACAAAACAAUAA